AUGGCUGAAGCACUUACCCAGACUGACCUGCAGGGUGCCCUGAAGCUGGUUGCACGCGGAAAAGUGCGUGAUCUGUACGAAAUCGAUGACAAGACACUGCUCUUUGUCGCAACUGAUCGCAUCUCCGCAUACGACGUGAUCAUGGAGAAUGGUAUCCCAAACAAGGGCAAACUCCUGACUCUCUGCACCAAAUCCUGGUUCCAAAUCCUCCAACAAGCAAUCCCUAACCUCCGCACCCACUUCAUUACACUCGACCUCCCACCUCAGAUCCCCGAAUCGCAGCGCGCCGCCCUACAGAAUCGUAGCAUGCAAGUACGCAAGUACGAAAUUUUCAAAGUCGAAGCUAUCGUGCGCGGAUACAUUACUGGUUCGGCGUGGAAUGAAUAUCAAAAGUCCGCCGCCGAAAUUGUCGGCGCCGAAUACGCCCCGAAAAUCGCCUCCCUCGCUCUCAACCUGUACAAAACCGCACAUGCCUACGCCUACGCCCGCGGUCUGAUCAUCGCAGACACAAAAUUCGAGUUCGGGCUCGACCGCGCCACCAACGAAAUCGUGCUCGUCGACGAAGUGCUUACUCCCGACUCAUCCCGUUUCUGGCCCAAGGAUCGGUACGUCGUUGGUCAAACGCAGGAGAGCUUCGACAAGCAAUACCUACGUGACUGGUUGACUAGCCAGGGCCUGAAGGGCAAGGAAGGCGUAAAGAUGACGGAGGAGGUUGCGCUCAAGACGGCGGAGAAGUAUCGUGAGGCGUGGGAAAUUAUUACCGGUGGUGGGGAGUUGUAA